CUGAUCAUGAUUAUUCUUUGUUUUGUUUUUGUCACCCUGACAGCCGUCCCCUUCCCCCCAAGUCACCGACUGACAGCUAAAGAGGUGUUUGACAGCGACGGGAAGCCCAAAGUGGACGUGCUAAAAGCUCACCUGACCAAGGAGGGCCGUGUGGAGGAGUCGGUGGCCCUCAGACUCAUAGGAGAGGGAGCCGCAAUCCUGCGCGCAGAGAAAAACCUGCUGGACAUCGAAGCCCCUGUGACAGUUUGUGGAGACAUCCAUGGGCAGUUCUUUGACCUGAUGAAGCUGUUUGAAGUAGGAGGAUCACCUGCAUCCACGCGCUACCUUUUCCUGGGGGACUACGUUGACAGAGGGUAUUUCAGUAUUGAAUGUGUGCUGUAUUUGUGGGCCUUGAAGAUCCUUUACCCCAAAACACUGUUUUUGCUGCGUGGGAAUCAUGAAUGUCGACAUUUAACUGAGUAUUUCACAUUUAAGCAGGAAUGUAGAAUUAAGUAUUCAGAGAGGGUGUAUGACGCAUGUAUGGAUGCCUUUGACUGCCUUCCCCUGGCUGCCCUUAUGAACCAGCAGUUUCUGUGUGUACACGGGGGACUAUCUCCAGAAAUCACAAAUCUUGACGACAUCAGGAAACUAGACAGAUUCAAGGAGCCUCCGGCAUACGGGCCAAUGUGCGAUCUGCUCUGGUCCGAUCCUCUGGAGGAUUUUGGAAAUGAGAAGAGCCAAGAGCACUUCACACACAACACAGUGCGAGGCUGCUCCUAUUUCUACAGCUACCCUGCAGUCUGUGACUUUCUACAACACAAUAACUUAUUAUCUAUCAUCCGGGCCCAUGAAGCACAGGAUGCUGGAUACCGCAUGUACAGAAAGAGUCAGACCACUGGCUUCCCAUCCCUUAUCACCAUCUUUUCAGCACCUAACUAUCUAGAUGUCUACAACAACAAAGCGGCAGUGCUGAAGUACGAGAACAACGUUAUGAACAUCCGACAGUUCAACUGCUCUCCUCACCCUUACUGGCUGCCCAACUUCAUGGACGUUUUCACCUGGUCCCUGCCCUUUGUGGGCGAGAAGGUGACUGAGAUGCUGGUGAACGUGUUGAGCAUUUGUUCCAAUGACGAGCUGACAACCGAUGAGGAGCUGGACGGACAGCUAAUAUAUCCCCCCAAAAAAGGUGCCACAGCUUCAGCCCGUAAAGAAGUAAUCCGCAACAAGAUCCGUGCCAUUGGAAAGAUGGCCCGGGUAUUCUCUGUGCUCAGAGAGGAAAGUGAGAGCGUGCUGACCCUGAAGGGACUGACCCCGACAGGCAUGCUACCAAGUGGAGUUCUGUCCGGUGGCAAAGAGAAGCUGCAGAAUGCUACUAUUGAAGCUAUUGAGGCUGACGAAGCCAUCAAGGGCUUCUCGCCCCAGCACAAGAUCACUAGCUUCGAGGAGGCCAAGGGUCUGGACCGCAUCAACGAGAGGAUGCCGCCGCGGCGGGACGCGCUGCCCUCGGACGCCAGCCUCAACUCGCUCAACAAGGCGCUGUCCUCAGAGACCAACGGCACCGAGGGCAAGGGCAGCGCCAGCAGCACCAGCAACAUCCAGUGA